AUGUGCAGAUUUAAAAGUGAUUGCCAUACUAGGGAUGGGGGUGUUGGGAAGACGGCUCUAACUCAACAAGUUUACAGUGAUGCUAGAGUCACUGGCUAUUUCGAUGUGAAAGCAUGGGCUUGCGUUUCCAAUUAUUUCAAUGUGCUUGCUAUCACAAAGAGUAUCCUAGGGACAACCGAUGACCAUUUGUCAUGUGAAGGUAAGGACCUGAAUUGGCUUCAAGAUAAGCUCAAGGAAAACCUAUCGGGGAAGAAGUUUCUUGUCGUUUUAGAUGAUGUUUGGAACGAGAAAUAUGGAAACUGGACUAACCUAUUGAAGCCUUUUCAAUCGGGAGCGAAGGGAAGCAAGAUCAUCCUCACCACUCGUAAAGAGGCGUUGCUUCAUUAG